AGUUUACAUGUGACGUCAUCAUAUCGUCGAAGAGAACUGCUCGACUUCCAAAUACACAAAAUGACAAACACAAUUUACUAAUUGUUUUUUUACUGAGCUCUCUAGCACAGAAUAGUCAAUAUGUUUAGCUGGCUGGGUUAUGGAGAGAACCAGGAAUCGAAAGAUAAGGUUACAACGGUUGAAAAUGUCGAGUCAAAAACCGAUGAAGGAGAAUCGGCCGAGAAAACGAAUGCAUCCGAAAAAUCGCAAGAAACAACAGCCGACGUUGCCCCAAUAAAAGGCGAAGCUUUGCCUGACUUGGAGUAUGCUAAGGAUGUAGCAAAGAAUGUCGGAAGCUUUCUGUUUAACGUAGCUUCAGCUGCUACCAGCACUGCAUUCAAAGUUAAGGAUACAGUUGAGAAAAAGGGAAUAAUUGGUGAUUUUAUUAAGGAGCAAGAGAAGUUUGUGAGCGAAAAACACAAAAGAUCAGAAACUGCUGUCCCUCCUUGGGUUGGAUACAAUGAAGAGGAGGCCAUGAAAACCCAAAUCCUUGCCCUGUCUACUGAUGAGCGAAACUUCUUGAGGGACCCCCCUUCGGGUGUUCCCUUUCUCUAUGAGGGCGAGACCAUGUUUCCUGUUGCCUUGGCAACACUACAAAAAGACGAGAAUCUUGAGCAGAUGAGAUUCAAGCUUGUGCCAAAAAAGGUAUCAGAGGAGAGAUUCUGGAGGAACUAUUUCUACCGUGUCUCUCUCAUCAAACAGUCUACUCAGCUCACGUCGCUGGCUGCGUCAGGAACAACUGAGCGACCUUCCACAUCUGCCGAGACAACAGAGGGCAAGGCUGAUACUGAGCCAAUUAAACAAAGUGCCCCGCAGAACAUCCCUGCUGCUUCCUCGCAUGAUAAGAGUGAAGAAGAGCUACCGGAGAGUCCAACGCAACACAUGGAGUUUAUCAGCGACGACUUUGUGCACCAAGAAAGCUCCCACCAAGAACUAAGCCAUGAGGAUCUACAGCAAAUUGGAAUGUCAAGGGAAAACACAUCAGAACCAAGCAAUAAAGACACAAGUAAAGAAUCAUCACCACAGGUGCCGCAAUCAGAUCAGAAACCAGAAGAUGAUAUCCCAGAGUGGGAGAAAGAAUUACAGCAAGAGCUGCAGGACUAUGAGAUGGUAGAUGGGGAUGAUAAUGGUGCUUGGGAAAAAGAGAUUGAAGAUUUGCUAGAAGAAGAUAGUUGAGGGAUUUGAUAGAAGACUGGGCAGGCAUAUAAUAUAGCCAUAGCACAACUUGUUAGUAAUAAUUGAAGGAUAAACAUAAUAUACCUUUGAUAGCAUAACAAAGCCUACCUUUUCAUGGUUAAAAGAGGUGCUGUGCACCGACUUCUACAAAAUGUGGGUGGGUGUGUGUGGGUGGGGGGGUAAGGGAGGCGAGGAGAAUGGGGUGCUCAGGAGGGAAUUCUUAGAUAUCCGUAGUGCCACAGACUGUUAAUUCUCAUGUCACUGAUUUAGAUAGAAAGGGGUAUUAAGCAGGGGCGCUACAGCCUCCAAACUUUCAUGAGUUCUGGGCUGGCACCCCAUUAGUUCCACUGCCCCAUGUCGUACAUUUUGUUGUUAUUUUAAUAUUAGUAUUCAAAUAAAGAAAAACAAAACAAAAACUUGUGACCAUUUUAGCCAGGGCAAUUUAAAAUUAUGCACAUUUUCCAUAAAUUAUAAAGAGAAUGGGUAUAGAAUUGAAAUAAAAUGUCAAUCUUA